AUGGGGGUAUUGUUGGAACUCCUACACUCAAAGACAACUCUCGUUGUUGUCUUUAUUUUGUUCUUGUGUCAUGCUGGUGUAAGUGCUGUUUGUAAACCAGGUUGGAUAGAACAUUGCUCAUCUUGCUACAAGUUCACAGAUAAUCACACAGACUGGGAGAAUGCAAACACAUACUGCCAAGGGCUUGGUGGCAUGCUGUUGGUCAUUGAGUCAAAAGAAGAGAAUGAAUUCAUUGCUAAAGAAAUGAGAAAUUCAGGCAUGAACAAGGCCUGGCUUGGUUGUAAUGAUAUAAGCAAGGAGGGCACAUGGGUGUGUUAUCCUGAAGGUGUCAAGGGAAUGCAGUAUGAGAACUGGGCAGAAGGAGAACCAAACGACUGGAAUGACCAGAAUUAUGCAACAAUAGAUAUUGCUAAGCAACACAAGUGGAAUGACAAAGAUUGCACGAAAGACUCGUACACCAUAUGUGAGACAAGCAGCAGAGUCUCUGCCAUGUCCUGCUACAUUCUGGGUCCUGAUGGCCGCAUGCAACCAUAA